GCUUGGCGGCAGCCGUGGGAGGCAGGCGGGCAGGCAGACGGACUCGCAGGCGGGUGGCGGCGGCCGUGCUUGCUAGUGAGGGCGGGCGGGAGUGACUCACUGAGCGUGUGUGAGGGAGGGAGCGAGCGAGCGAGCGAGCAGCCCGCGCCGGCCUUCCGCAGCACCAGCCAGGCCACGCCGCCACCUCUUCCCCUGCGCCCCGCGCCCAGGCCGGGCCGAGCCGGGUCGGGCCCGGGCCAUGCUGCUCACCGUGUACUGUGUGCGGAGGGACCUCUCCGAGGUGACCUUUUCCCUCCAGGUCGACGCCGACUUCGAGCUGCACAACUUCCGCGCGCUGUGCGAGCUCGAGUCUGGCAUCCCCGCAGCCGAGAGCCAGAUCGUCUAUGCUGAAAGACCUCUCACAGACAACCACAGAUCGUUGGCUUCUUAUGGCUUGAAAGAUGGGGACGUUGUGAUUUUACGACAGAAGGAGAAUGCAGACCCUCGACCUCCAGUGCAGUUCCCAAACUUACCCCGAAUAGAUUUCAGUAGUAUAGCUGUGCCUGGCACAUCAAGUCCCCGGCAGCGCCAGCCACCAGGAACACAGCAGUCCCACUCAUCUCCUGGAGAAAUAACUUCAUCUCCUCAGGGCUUGGACAAUCCAGCCUUGCUCCGAGGUAUGUUGCUGGCCAACCCGCAUGAGCUGUCCUUGCUGAAGGAACGCAAUCCACCCCUGGCAGAAGCUCUGCUCAGUGGAGACCUUGAGAAAUUCUCUAGAGUCCUGGUGGAGCAGCAGCAGGACCGAGCCCGGAGAGAGCAAGAAAGGAUUCGUCUGUUUUCUGCUGAUCCCUUUGACCUUGAAGCUCAGGCAAAGAUAGAAGAAGAUAUCAGGCAACAGAACAUUGAGGAAAACAUGACAAUAGCUAUGGAAGAGGCUCCGGAAAGUUUUGGCCAAGUAGUGAUGCUUUAUAUUAACUGCAAAGUGAAUGGACAUCCUGUGAAAGCCUUUGUUGACUCAGGUGCCCAGAUGACUAUUAUGAGCCAAGCUUGUGCAGAAAGGUGUAAUAUAAUGAGACUGGUGGAUCGUCGGUGGGCAGGGAUUGCCAAAGGAGUGGGCACCCAGAAGAUUAUUGGAAGGGUACAUCUAGCUCAGGUUCAGAUUGAAGGAGAUUUUUUGCCAUGUUCCUUCUCUAUACUUGAGGAACAGCCCAUGGACAUGCUUCUGGGACUGGACAUGCUUAAACGGCAUCAGUGUUCCAUUGACCUGAAGAAAAAUGUACUCGUGAUCGGCACCACAGGCUCCCAGACCACCUUUCUUCCUGAGGGAGAGCUACCAGAAUGCGCCCGGUUGGCAUAUGGGGCCGGAAGAGAGGAUGUACGGCCAGAGGAGAUUGCAGACCAAGAAUUAGCAGAAGCCCUUCAAAAAUCAGCAGAGGAUGCAGAGCGUCAGAAGCCAUGAUGCAUGUAGUGUGUGUGUACUGCAGCUGGAGUGGGCCCCAGACCAGAGAAAAGCGGUAAAGAAUCUACCUCACUGGGAAUGUCAUCAUUACCAACUUCAGAUGGGUUUAACCAUCCAGCCCAUUCUUUAGGACAGAGUCCUGAUACUGGUAAUCCUAUGAGUCUUGCUCGCUCUGUCUCUGCUUCAGUCUGCCCUAUCAAGCCCAGUGACCCAGAUAGCAUUGAACCUAAAGCUGUGAAGGCUUUGAAGGCUUCAGCUGAAUUCCAGAUAAACUCUAAAAAGAAAGAACAUCUUUCUUUACAAGAUCUUUCCGAUCAUGCUUCCUCAGCAGACCAUGCUCCAACAGACCAGAGUCCAGCUAUACCUAUGCAGAAUUCAUCCGAAGAAACAACUGUUGCAGGUAAUCUGGAGAAAUCUGCUGAAAGAAGCACCCAGGGCCUCAAAUUUCAUCUCCAUACAAGACAGGAAGCUAGUUUAUCUGUCACAUCUACUAGGAUGCAUGAACCACAGAUGUUUCUAGGUGAAAAGGAUUGGCAUCCAGAAAAUCAUAACCUGAGUCAAGUGAGUGACCCUCAGCAGCACGAACAAGCAGGGAAUGAACAGUAUGAGGUUGCACAACAAAAAGCUUCACAUGACCAAGAAUAUCUUUGUAACAUAGGGGACCUUGAGCUUCCUGAAGAAAGGCAACAGAAUCAACACAAAAUUGUUGAUUUGGAAGCUACGAUGAAAGGAAAUGGGCUCCCACAGAAUGUGGAUCUUCCGAGUACGAAGAAAAGUAUUCCACCUUCAGGAUGCAGUGGCUGCUCAAAUUCAGAAACACUUAUGGAAAUAGAUAUAGCUGAACAGUCCCUAGUUACUGUGCUUAAUUCAACAGGCAGGCAGAAUGCCAAUGUCAAGAACAUUGGUGCAUUGGAUCUCACUUUAGAUAAUCCCUUGAUGGAAGUAGAAACAUCAAAAUGUAACCCUUCAUCUGAAAUUUUGAAUGAUUCCAUUUCCACUCAGGAUUUACAGUCCCCAGAAACUAAUGUUGAAAUAUCUGGAACAAAUAAAGAAUAUGGCCAUUGCUCCUCCUCUCCAAGUCUCUGUGGCAGUUGUCAGCCCUCUGUGGAGUCAGCAGAAGAAUCUUGUUCAUCUAUAGCGGCCGCCUUGAAAGAACUUCAUGAACUUUUGGUUGUUAGCAGUAAACCAGCUUCAGAAAAUACAUCUGAAGAAGUAAUCUGUCAAUCAGAAACCAUAGCUGAGGGCCAAACCAGUAUUAAAGACCUUUCUGAAAGAUGGACCCAAAAUGAGCAUCUUACCGGGACUGAACAGUGUCCACAAGUCUCCUUUCAUCAGACCGUAUCUGUAUCAAUGAAGACAGAAAAAUUAACAGUUACUUCAUCUGACACUGGAAUAGAAGCUGUAGAAAGUGGAAACUUCAGGAGUCUAGGUGAUGGUCUGUCAACUGAUGAGGAAGGUGUCCCCAAAUCGAGGGAAUCCAUAAACAAGAACAGUUCUGUCACUGUAACCUCAGCUAAAACAUCUAAUCAGUUACACUGCACCUUAGGUGUAGAAAUUUCACCCAAACUUUUAGCAGGUGAGGAGGAUGCACUCAAUCAGACUUCUGAGCAAACUAAGUCUUUGUCAUCCAAUUUCAUAUUGGUUAAAGACUUAGGUCAGGGCAUACAGAAUUCAGUAACAGACAGGCCUGAAACCACAGAAAAUGUCUGUCCUGAAGCUUCGAGGCUGUUACUUGAAUAUGAACCACCUACCAGCCAUCCAUCAUCAAGUCCUGCCAUUCUUCCACCAUUGAUUUUUCCUGCUGCAGAUAUUGACCGGAUUCUCCGUGCUGGCUUUACUUUGCAGGAAGCUCUUGGAGCUCUGCAUCGAGUUGGUGGGAAUGCAGACCUUGCACUUCUUGUUUUGCUCGCAAAAAACAUCGUAGUUCCUACAUGACUAUGGGAAAGUGGGCUAGACUGUUGUCCAUUCCCUUUAAACAAAAGAAAGCUCUCUCUCUAUACACACACACACACACACUCACCACAUAUACAGUAUAUGUAGAGACCUGCAAGCAGAAUGUUGAGCCAGAUUUUUUUUAAAGAUUUUUUUCGGCCAAAGUAAUUUAUGAUCUCUUGUCCGAUGAAUUUGUCUAUCCUACUUGUUAAAAUUUAGGCCUUUUUAAAUGUAUUGGCAGUAUGUGCAUACGAAAGCUUUUUAUUCUCAUUAAGAUGUAUCCUGGAAUAAAAUGGAUGGUUUUGUGUAUAGCAUACUGUUUUAGAAUGAGAGUAAAUGCUUUGAAAAGCAAAAGCCAUGAGAAAUCCCACUACCCAUCCAGCUAAAAACAGAUUAACUCUCCAUACUGUGUGUGUCUGUGCUGAUGGCAAGGUGUGGCUUGCUGGCUCAGUUGUCAAUUUAGAAACUUUUGACCACAUAGUUUGGUGUUUGGAAUUCUACCCAGCGCUCUGUGUAUCAUGAAUCAUUAAUUAUAACAGGAAAUUGGAGAAUAAUUGAAUACCUUAUUGUAGAGUGGUAUGUUUUUAUUUGUGUGCUUAGGAUUUGACAUUUUAAUAGGGUGAGCAGGAGGGUUUAAAUCUUGGGCUCCUUUGUGCAUCGCAGGCUGCUGCAUGGAUUGCCAUGAAUCCUUAUUACGUUGGAUGGCAUAUUGUGGGGCAGUUACAACGAGAGUGAAACAUGGUGCUAUCCAGAUUUUUAAAAGAACAGAACAACCAUAAUUCCAUUUGCAGAUGUCAAGAACUGUGAGGGAAAAAUAAUAGCCUAAACACUGGAAUUUGCUAGAGUUUGGGUUUGCUAGCAUCUCACUGAUAACACCUCAACCCUUAAUGACUAAUGAUGGACUUAAGUUCAGGAAUGGAUUGAUUGCCAGCAGCUUAUUUCCUUUCUAGACUCAUCUUCUGCCAGGAAGUUCUUUAAACGCUCAGUGCGAGCUGUAAUCUGAGUGAGAUACUGAAGUGUGGUAACCUUGUCACUAGUUAAUCUUGGUGCUUGGAAUGGUCAGUCUAUUUGGAGAGUGUCCUUUGUGGCAGUGGUAAUAGUAAUUACAGUUUCUGACUUAAGUGGCCUUGGUAGAGUUUUCCAUCUUUUUCUUUCCUCAGGAGUUUCUUUUUUAAGCAAAAUUCAUCAUAUUUGUGUUUACCAUGUCAAGUUAGAGUGGGGCAUAAUAUAUAGAUGUAUUUAUUGUGGCCUUUUUUUAUAUAAGGACUAGCCCUUGGAAACCAUCGUCCUGUGGGCCCCACUGUGCAAUAACCCUACUGGAUAGGUUUUAGAUCAUUCUUUCCUGGCAGACUGCUCUCUUGGGUACCUAGCAGGAAUCUGAAAUCUUGGUUUUAUUGAAAAGAAUUUUGAGAUUCAUAAUUUCUGAUUCUAGAUUAUAGUUUGUAACAUGUUUGAAACAGACGCUUCGAAAGAGUGAUUUCUCAACUUAGUGUUAAAUGAUGUUGUCUGAAGUCUGACUCUUUGUAAGCUUGUUCGUUUCAUCAAAUUUUAAGUCAUUGAGCACAAUCAAAAUGGAGGCUCAUAUCUCAGGAGUUUUUGAAAUUUUAAUUUAGGGGCACUUAGAGACCUUUUUUUCUACCCCAUCCAACUUCUUUCUUUCCUUUUGCUAUGAUGUUUGUAUGUAUGUUACAAGACCUUAGUGACGGGAUGGCAAGUCACGUAGAUUCAUCAUGAUCCUUUAUGUAGUUAGGCAAUGGUUGACAGAAGGAGUUGUAGUUUACUGCUUUUCAGAGGGCGCUAAGAACAGCAGGUCAGCUGGGCCGUCUUUAAGAUGUUCUUUUAGACAGCCGCACAUUGUAGACCCUUUCGCCUGCCCUACACCAAAGAUGUACGAUGCACUAGGAAACUGCUCAUAGGAUUUCUGUCAACUGACUUAAAGCUGUGAUUGUAAUUAAAUAGUUGGUGCUAUGAUUGAUGCAAAAUAUAGUAGCAAUGCAAUGGGACCCUGUAUUUGCUUUAUGGGUGGUGGUUUGGGAAUGUAUUCUAAGCUUAUAAAUCUUUGGAACCACGGGGUGGGAAGGGUCGGGUAACUUAAUGAUGACAAUAGACUCCCUCCUAAAGGACCUUCCGUAUAAGCAGGACGAACCUUGGAGAUUUGGGAAACAGUUCCAGGUGGAAUAUGUAAUAUCAGUCGGGGAAAGAUUUCAUUAGGAUAGCUUUUUGUGUAUGUAUAUGUAUAUUUAUUUUUAGGAAUAGAUCUAUAGUUGUACAUGAAUUCCUGUUAGGAAUACUUUGAAUGAGCUUAACCCACUUGCCAAAUAUCCUUGUCCCUUCCAUCAUUUUAUUUUUGAUAUGGUGUCUUGCAUGUUGCCCAGGCUGGACUCAAACUCUGGGGCUCAAGCAAUUCUUCCACCUCAUCCUUCUAAGUAGCUGGGACUACGUAAAGCCCAAUGUAUAAUUGCUUUUGAUUUUAAAAAUCAUCUUGCCCAUCAUUUUUAUAAAAAUUAAGCUAUUUGGCCAACACGGUGAAACCUCGUCUCUACUAAAAAUACAAAAAAUUAGCUGGGUGUGGUGGCACACGCCUGUAAUCCCAGCUACUUGGGAGACUGAGGCAGGAGAAUUGCUUGAACCUGGGAGAUGGAGGUUGCAGUGAGCUGAGAUUGCGCCACUGCACUCCAGCGUGGGUGGCAGAGUGAGACUGUGUCUCACCAAAAAAAAAAAAAAAAAACGAAGCUGUUGACACUAUUAAUAUUUUGGAUGACUUAAAUGUAGCAGCUCUAGAAUGCAAAGGGUAUAUUAAGGAGCAUUACAAUAGCGGACCUUCAUUGUCAGCUUUUAUUCAAUUAAGAGCUCCAAAAAUGCAGAAAUUAUGGGUUAACUUCUAAGAAUACAAUCAAAUCCUUGUGAAUUCUGGUUGCCAACAGUAAUAACCAGUAAUGGGCACCUUUACUGGACAGCUCCUUUACCGUAACAAGUAGCGGGCAGUUUUGCGGUCAGCACUUACUGCAAGGGUGGUCUCUGUUUCUUCACCAAAGAGAGAUUUUCCUGUGUAAUUUGUGCCAUUUCCCUGAAGUUGGUUCCUGAGCAGAAAGAUGUGCUUAGUAACCAGACAGCAGCUUUACAUAGGUUAUAGAUUUUGGUCACUGAUGCUGUUAAGAAUUAUUUCCAUACCUGUUCAGGGCUCCAGACAGCCAGUAGCCUUCAUCCCACAGUUUGGGCUUCAGCUAUUAACACAUAAAGAUAACCAGUUGCAGCUGGGCGUGGCGGCUCACGCCUGUAAUCCCAGCACUUUGGGAGGCCAAGGCAGGUGGAUCACCUGAGGUCAGGAGUCUGAGACGGGCCUGGCCAACAUGGUGAAACUCCGUCUCUACUGAAAAUUUAAAAAUUAGCUGGGCGUGGUGGUGCAUGCCUGUAAUUCCAGCUACUCAGGAGGCUGAGGCAGGAGAAUCGCUUGAACCUGGGAAGCGGAGGUUGCAGUGAGAUCACGCCAUUGCUUGCCCUCCAGCCUGGGCAACAGGAGCGAAACUCCAUCUCAAAAAAAAAAGAUAACCAGUUGCUUGGCAAAGGAAGCUGGAGAGAUGGUGAGUGCAUGUGUUAAAACUCUUCUGCCUUGCAACCCACAUCUUCUAGAGCUCCCUGUCUCCAUAUGCACUAAAGGGAGACACAACCCUGUGUGUUUUUCCCAAAGCAUGUCUCUAGCAAGAGGGUACAUAGAAAUGGAAUACAAGGCUUUGUGCCACUGAUUUUAUGAUAACCAGUUAAUGUGGAAUUUGCUGGUUGUCUUACUACAGCUUUCUAUCUCCAGUGAAAGCCAUAAAAAUUUAGGUUAACUGUCAAGCUCAUGUCUAUAUAUAUAUAUAUAUAUAUGUAAGCUAGCAUAUACAUAUGGUGAUUGACAAAUAUAGUUAAUUUUAUAUAGAUUUAAAAGCAAGGGAUUUUUAUAUCUACAGACGUACUCUUCACUUAUGGUGGCUUUUAUCCUGUCACAUAUAUAAAUAAAUAUAUAUAUAUAUAGCAAACAGCCUUGCAAAUCAUCGGCCAGAAAAGCUGCAGGGCAUUGCAGUGGCCUUUUCCUACCUGUUUGCCACCUGUGGUGAGGGUAAGCAGGAUGAUUGAACUGCUGCAUAUUUCAAACCUGUUAUCACUGGCAGUGUGUCCCAAGAGAAGCUGGCCAGAUUAUACAUUCUACUGUUCUCUAGCACAAAUACCAAAAAGCCCAAAUUUCCCCUUUGGAUUUGGUGACUUAGUGUAGUCUGUGGCUGACCUAGAAAGACACAGAGUUAUCAAGAGUUUCCCUUCCUAGAAGAUGAAUGUUACCUUUUGUGUUAGGAGGUACAGAAAAUAAAAGCUUUUUUUUUUUUUCUUGAAUUGCUAAUUCCUCUUAACAAAGUAAAUUCAAAGCCUGUCCUUGAGAACUGGAAAUGUAAAAUAAUGGUUCAAGUUUUACACCUUAGUGGUUCCUCGGUAGGUGUUACUAGGAGUUCAUUGAAUGAACUUAGGAGUGAACCUUCGAUGUGCUUGAUUUUCUUUUGUGCCUUAGUUUCUCUGAAUAGCAGAGGCAUCAAAUUUUGGUGGGGAAUGAGAAGAUUAGGGGAAGUUUGAAAAUAGCUCUCCUGGAGAUGGAGGGCACACAGAGUGGUCCUCAGGCUCACCUUGACUGAGUUGAUUUCACAAUUAUCCUGCAUCAGAUCAUUAGAUUUCCACAGUGCUAGGAUUAUAAUAGGGAUUUUUGCAUCACCAAAAACAGUUUUUAGAUGUUUCUUUGUUGUACUAUCAGUGUUGUGCUGGUUAAGGGAGAGAAAAGUUCAAGAAAAUCUUACAUAUUUGAAAGGAAAUUGGUUCCUUUUGAAGGCUAUGCAACAUGAGUCUUUGAACAAGAAUUCCUUGCUACUUUGAUUCAUUCAUCAAAUAUUGAGUGCCUAUGUGUGAGGCACCGGUGAACUCUGGGGAUUCAGGGGUAAGUAAAACAGAUUGGAACCCUACCCUUGUGAAGCUUUCAGUCUAGAAAGGAGACGUGAAACAAAUUUUAGCUUCAAAAGCAACAUCUAUUUUUGCUGUUAGCGUGCAUUUAUUUUAAAAGAGUUAUUUGGUUCUGCUUCAGAGCAGACUGGGAAAAUCAGGCUUACAAUGGAAUCAGAUGCUGUGGGUCUAAAACAGCUCUUUAAAAAUACACAUUUUUUAGGCCAGGCACGGUGGCUCACACCUGUAAUCCCGGCACUUUGGGAGGCCAAGGUGGGUGGAUCAUGAGGUCAGGAGUUCAAGACCAGCCUGGCCAAUAUGGUGAAAUCUUAUCUCUACUAAAAAUAAAAAAUCAGUUGGGCAUGGUGGCACAUGCCUGUAGUCCCAGCUACUCAGGAAACUGAGGCAGAAGAAUCGCUUGAACCCAGGAAGCGGAGGUUGCAGUGAGCCAAGAUCACGCCACUGGACUCUAGCCUGGGCAAGAGUGAGACUCCGUCUCAAAAAAAAAAAAAACAAAAAACUUUUUUAAAAAAUGGAAUCAGAGAAACCAACAAAAAAAUGUAACAUGUAUAAAUGCCUGAGGAGAUCAGUUAUUGAGAAAUCCAUUUACAACGCUGGAGGAGAGGGGGGUGGCCAGGAAAGAAGUGCAACAAAUGAAUGGAAGAUGACCCUAAAAAUGCGCCAGUGACAGUCAGUCAAUCCAUCAGACCGCCUCACAUGCAGGGUAGAAACAUGGGAGUAUGCUGCAGCAGCAUCCUCGCAUCCCUUUGUGAGCACUGCUGCUCCGGAACACUGACCAUCUGGGCUAGCACGACUUAGCAGAGGGUUCUGCAGGAUGUGCUAUUUUAAAGCAGCUGGGUGCAACUUGUGAAAACGGGAAUCUAGAGCAGAACAUGUAACCAGCAAUGGCUGGGAUUGGUGGACAGGAUUGACGGGAGCAUUUGAGGCUCUACCAGGCCUGUCUACAAGACAGCUUCGUCGAAGGCACAUUUUUUAACCUGUUAAAUAAAUGCCACAUAUAUGUUGUAAUCCUGAAGCAUACAGGUAGAAUUUCUGGAUCAUAACUAGUGACUCCUGAGGUUUACAGUUAAAAAAUGUUCUCAAAAGUUUAUCCGUUAUGUAUUGAUGAUUGGUAAUCUAGACCCUCUGGAGGCUGCAGAACGUGAAAGGAUCCAGCUGACAAGUUUCAGGGCACUGUCUUCUGGAGUGAAAUCUGCUAAGAAAACGGUUCAAGGGCAUGGGAGUUAGAGAGUGUUUCUUUUACCUAAAAACGUUAAGCCAGCUAUGGAUUAUUGGGGCCGUGGCGGCAUGAAAUACAAAAUUAUUAUAAUUUAUACAGAACUAGGUUUCUUUAUGUUCUGUAGGAAGGUUUUCAUUAGCUGAUUUGGGAAGGAGGGCAUGCUGCAGUAUUUUUUUUUCCUAGGAACAUGCAUUUCUGAUGGGAAGUUAAUUUUGUUUACAAGAGUUAGUUUUACACACAACCCUGAAUGAAUGUGUCUGUGGCCUAAAAAUGGUAGACCUGUAUUUCCUGCCAGAGGCAGGCAGAUUUGUUUCCUGAUUCCUUCUGUCUGAGAUGACCUGAUGCUGACCAGACUUGUUUUUCCUUUCCUCAAUCUUCACAGCUUUCUGAGUUUAUGCCACCCAUCCAAGACCUUCCCAUUUGAAUGACUAGAUUUCCAUUCUAUCCCCGAUCAUCCUUUUGAAAUAGUUCUAGUGAUAAAUUCAAAGAAAUUCAAUAUAUUGAUUGAAUUUUAUUUUUUUGCUUUGUAUCUACAACAAAAAUUGAUUUGUUCAUUUUUAUUCCAAAUCUCAUCUUCAUGGCAAGUUGGGCUAAUGGACUUUGCACUCGAGAAAGGUUUGUUUACCAGUUUUGUAGCCAUGUUUGGCAAAUCUUAGCAAAUAGAAACCCCGUCUUUUCUUUUCCUUCUUUAUAUGUUCUUGCAGUUACUCUUAUCUUGCAAGAUUUUCUGACUUCUUUAAGCUUUGAGACUACUGCAUCUUAAAAGAAGAACUAGGCUGACUGGCAGAAAGUCUUGCCGGUGGCCCUGUCACUCCCAUGAUGCUUUGGUUUUGAGAGUUGGGAAAACUCUGAGAACUUUAAGGGAACCAAACUCAGGAAUCCCAAAAUUGGUGGCAUUGUGCCAUUCGUUUAGGGGCUGAACAUAGGACCUGUCUGAAACUGAGUGAACUAGAUGCAUUUGGGUUUGAAUUUUUGUCACAUACUGAAAUGUAAGUCAGCCCUAAAUAAAACACUUUAUUUUAUUUUUCUUUUUUUAAAUAGGAACUUUCUGAAGAAAAAGUGGUGUGUAAAACAUUUGAUAUUUAAGACAAUAAAGUUUUUAUCAUAAGA